AUGAACUUGAUAGCGAUGAACGACAAGGAUGAGAUCUAUGAGGAUCCUGAGUCUACUGAGGUUGAUGAGAGCGAGGACACGGAUGAUACGGGAGCGAGUGUGGAGGCAGCAGUGAAGCAGGAAGAAGAGAUAGUCACCAUGGAGGCAGCAGCGGUGAAUGAUGGAGAUGGAGAUGGUGUCAACACUUUUGCAGCAGCGGUCGUGGUUAAAGAUGAAGCAGUAAAUGCGAAGUGUGUGGGAGUUGAAGCUGUGAAAGGGGGCAUCAUGGUGAAGGGAUCAAAGGCGAAUGCAACUGCAAAGGGGCGAGUGCUUAUGAAAGAGGAGUACGUUGAGGGGUACGAGACUCGAGAGGUGUUGGGUGCUAAGAUGCCGAGGAGAAGCGAGAGGCUUAAGAAAAUCUCUCAAGGUUUGGAUGUCAAGGCGCUCAACUUCAAGACACGUAAGCAGAGGUUCAAGGGGCCCACUCCAAUCCCCUCCUCCAACCGCGCCUUCCGCGGCAGCAGCCAGUGCUCCCCGUUGCAGCCCGCGGCGGGCGGCGGGCAGCGGCAGGCGCGGGGCCAGGGGAAGCAGCAGCAGCAGCAGCAGCAGCAGCAGCAGCAGCAGCAGCAGCAGCAGCAGCAGCAGUACACGCGGCGGCAAGUGAGCGCUAGCAGCAGCGCUGCCAGCAGCAGCAGUGGCAGCAGUGGCGGCAGCAGUGGCAGCAGUGGCGGCAGCAGUGGCAUCAGUGGCAGCAGCAGUGGCAGCGGUGGCACGCACCCCUCGGGCAGUGAGGACUGGGGGAGCCAUGGCACGGAUGACUGCGAGCGGGGGGGCGAGCAGGAGCAAGUGGUGAGCACGAGGUACACUCGGAGGGAAUGGGAAUGGCGUGCUGGUGCAGAGUCGUGGCAGGGGAGGCGGUGCUGCCAGGGGGAGGAAACGGAAGGGUGCGCCGAAGACGACAUGGGGGAGGGGGAAGAAGGCGAAGAACGCAAGAAAGAAGCGCCGCAGCAGUGGAGGUAG